ACCCUGGUAUGUUACUAAUUAGAUUGCUCCAUCUCUGAGGCCUGGGGGCUCCCUGGUCUCAUUUUCCCCAUAGGCUCAGCACUUCCUACCGUGUUCGCGUGUUUAUGAUCGGUGAGUGAAGGAGACAAACUGGGAAAAAGAAGGCCUUCCCUUAGCACCCAGUGCCUCUCACAACGCAAGCCAGAACUUACCAGACAUCCAGUAUGACCUCCAAAGUCUCUUCCCCAACCCUGCUGGAGACACUGAGCAGCGAUUUCCUAGCCUGUAAAAUCUGCCUGGAGCAGUUACACACGCCCAAGACUCUGCCAUGUCUGCAUACCUACUGCCAGGACUGUCUGGCCCAACUGGACAUCGGUGGCCAGGUCCGCUGCCCCGAGUGUCGGGAGACUGUGCCUGUCCCCCCGGAAGGUGUGGCCGCCUUCAAGACCAACUUCUUUGUCAAUGGGCUCUUGGAUCUUGUCAAGGCCAGAGCUGCCGGGGACAGCCAUUCCGGGAAGCCAACCUGCGCUCUGUGCCCUCUGGUGGGGGGCAAGAGCUCGGGGGGACCCGCGACAGCCAGGUGCCUGGACUGUGCAGAUGACUUAUGCCAGGCCUGUGCUGACGGGCACCGCUGCUCCCGACAGACCCACAAGCACCGCGUAGUCGACCUGGUGGGUUAUCGAGCCGGGUGGUACGAUGAAGAAGCUCGAGAGCGCCAGGCAUCCCAGUGUCCCCAGCACCCCGGGGAAACCCUCUGCUUCCUGUGUCAGCCUUGUUCUCAGUUGCUCUGCAAGGACUGCCGCCUGGGUCCCCAUAUUGAUCACCCCUGCCUGCCCCUGGCGGAAGCAGUGCGUUCCAGGAAGCCAGGCCUUGAGGAGUUAUUGGCGGGUGUGGACAGUAAUCUGCUGGAGCUAGAAGCCACUCGGGUGGCAGAAAAGGAAGCACUGGCCUUGCUCCGAGAGCAGGCAGCCAGUGUGGGGACUCAGGUGGAGGAGGCGGCCGAACGAAUCCUCAAAUCCCUGCUGGCCCAGAAGCAGGAGGUGUUGGGACAACUCCGGGCCCUCGUGGAGGCUGCUGAGGAGGCUACGAGGGAGAGGCUGACCAAGAUAGAGAGCCAGGAGCAGGUGGCCAAGGCGGCUGCUGCUUUUGCCCGUCGGGUGCUCAGCCUGGGUCUGGAGGCGGAGAUCCUUUCGCUGGAGGGAGCGAUCACACAGCGCCUGCGCCAGCUUCAAGUCACUCCCUGGACAUCUGGGCCCACCCGCUGCGUGCUGCCCCAGCUGGAACUCCACCCUGGGCUCGAGGACAAGAACUGCCACUUGCUCCGACUCUCCUUUGAGGAGCCAAGGCAAUCCCAGAAGGACGGUGGGAAGGUUGGAGCUGGCACCCAAGGUGGAGAUGAAGCUCAAAGCCAAGGGGAUGACAGAACCAAGACAGGGAAGCAGGGCGGAGCCCAGCCCCUGAUUCCCAAGGAAGGCAAAGCCCAGAACCCCCCAGAAGAUGACGAGGUCCUAAUCGAAAGGGGUAACAGACCUAACAAGAAGAAAAAGUGCAAAGGCAGGGGCAAGUCUGUCUCUCGGGAGCCCAGCCCCAUCCUGAGGCCAAACCUGGAAGGUUCGGGCCCCCUCCCUCGGCCUGUGUUCUCCUGGAGUUUCCCCACGAGGAUGCCUGGGGACAAGCGCUCCCCACGAAUCACUGGGCUCUGUCCCUACGGCCCCCAGGAGAUCUUGGUGGCCGAUGAGCAGAACAGGGUCUUGAAACGCUUCUCCCUCAAUGGCGACUACAAGGGCACAGUGCCGGUCCCCGAGGGCUGUUCCCCGUGCAGCGUGGCUGCCCUGCAGAAUGCCGUGGCUUUCUCGGCCAACGCAAAGCUCUAUCUCGUCAGUCCUGAGGGGGAAGUUCAGUGGCGCAGGUCCCUGAGCCUCGCCCAGUCCAGCCACGCCGUGGCCGCGAUGCCGUGUGGAGACCGGGUGGCUGUCAGUGUGGCAGGCCACGUGGAGGUAUACAAGAAAGAAGGCAGCCUGGCUACCCGGUUUAUCCCUGGAGGCAAGGCUAGCCGAGGCCAGAGGGCGCUCGUGUUCCUGACCACCAGCCCCCAGGGCAAUUUCGUAGGGUCAGAUUGGCAGCAGAACAGCGUGGUUUUCUGUGAUGGGCUAGGUCAGGUGAUCUGGGAAUACAAAGGCCCUGGGCUCCAUGGCUGCCAGCCAGGUUCUGUGUCUGUGGAUAAGAAGGGCUACAUAUUUCUGACCCUUCGAGAGGUGAAUAAGGUGGUGAUCCUGGAUCCCAAGGGGUCACUUCUGGGUGACUUCCUAACAGCAUACCACGGCUUGGAAAAGCCCCGGGUAACCACCAUGGUAGAUGGCAAAUACUUGGUGGUGUCACUUAGUAAUGGGACCAUCCAUGUCUUUAGGGUCAGGUUUCCUGACAGUUAAAGGGGCUUACGGCUGGGGUGGAGGGCAGGUGGGAAGGGAGGGGGGAGGGCAUAAUAGAAUCAGAGCCACUUGUAGAAUGAGGUGGCCAAGGGCAUUUUCCCAACCAGAAAAACGCUUGCUCCUUUUGCUAUGCGGGGAUAGAAGAUACUGAGUGAUGCUGGCGGCGGCGUGAUAGCUCUGAGCACACAGAGGUGCCGGGAGUCAGCAAACCGCUUGCUUGCCAGUGCUCCCUGCACCUGUGGCUGCUGCUAUGAUUUAGGUGUCUUCAAUCUAAAGCCCGAUUCUUGAUUUGUAUUCUUCACAACCAUUCCUGGGAUGCGGGCCUGGCUCCUCUGUAGAGCGCCUGCCUAGCUCCUACCACUGAGGAGUCGGGGCCCUGCUAGCUGUAGAGGGCCUGUCUAGAAUCCACCAAUGAGGGUGGAGAUGUGGCUCAGUGGUAGAGCCCCUGCCUAGAAUCCCCCAGUGAGGGGCUGGGGGCGUGGCUCAGUGGUAGAG